GCUCAUAACAUAAGACCCAAACUAACUUUUGUGGGCUACAAACUACAAAGUGAUCACCCUUUCUGUCUCCUUUAUUUACCUCUCUAGAAUUAAAAUUUGAUUUCCUUCCAACGCAGUUAACACAUUUCACCACCAAACCAAACACUCAUUUUCUGACACCCGUCGACCCAUCUGCUAAAACUUUCCCUCUCAGUUUUGUCACUUUUCCCUCAAAAGUUUCCUCCAAACCUUUCGAUUCUCUCUUGAUCAUGCUUCAAAGCUUGGUCCCCGGCACUCCCAACCCUAACGCCAUGAAGACAAAGCGCGCCGACGCCGAUUCCCCCGCUCACCAGCCUCCCUUCAAGCGCGCCGCCGAGGUUGAGCCGGACCCCGAGGAGGAGCAGGCGUUCGACCCCGAACCACACGGCGGCGAGUCCACCGGCCUCAAACUCCUCGGCCUCCUCCUCCAAUGCGCGGAGUGCGUCGCCAUGGAUAAGCUCGACUUCGCCAACGACCUCCUCCCGGAGAUCGCGGAGCUCUCGUCGCCGUUCGGCUCCUCGCCGGAGCGAGUCGGCGCGUACUUCGCGCAGGCGCUGCAGGCGCGCGUGGUGAGUUCCUGCCUGAGCUCGUACUUGCCGCUGACUGCGAAAUCGGUAACCCUAACUCAGUCGCAGCGAAUCUUCAACGCGUUCCAAUCGUACAACUCGGUGUCGCCGCUGGUGAAGUUCUCGCACUUCACCGCGAACCAGGCGAUCUUCCAGGCGCUGGACGGCGAGGAUCGCGUCCACAUCAUCGACCUGGACAUCAUGCAGGGACUCCAAUGGCCGGGACUGUUCCACAUCCUGGCCUCUCGGUCGAAGAAAAUCCGGUCCAUGAGAAUCACCGGAUUCGGAUCCUCCUCGGAGCUUCUGGAGUCGACCGGGCGGCGACUGGCGGAUUUCGCCAGCUCGCUAGGGCUUCCGUUCGAGUUCCAUCCGGUGGAAGGGAAAAUCGGGAGCGUGACGGAGGUGAGUCAACUCGGUGUUCAACCUAACGAGGCAAUCGUGGUGCACUGGAUGCAGCACUGCUUGUAUGACAUAACAGGGAGCGACUUAGCGACGCUGAGAUUGCUGACUCAGCUUCACCCGAAGCUCAUAACCACCGUGGAGCAGGAUCUGAGCCACGCCGGCAGCUUCCUUUCGCGGUUCGUGGAGGCUUUGCAUUACUACAGCGCAUUGUUCGACGCCCUCGGGGACGGAUUGGGUGCGGAGAGCCUGGAGAGGCACACGGUGGAGCAGCAGCUGUUGGGGUGCGAGAUCAGAAACAUCGUGGCCGUGGGCGGCCCCAAGCGGACUGGUGAGGUUCAGGUGGAGAGGUGGGCUGAUGAGCUCAAACGGGCCGGGUUCCGGGCCGUUUCUCUCCGGGGCAACCCGGCCGCUCAGGCUAGUUUGUUGCUUGGCAUGUUCCCUUGGAGAGGUUACACUCUUGUUGAGGAGAAUGGGUCCCUCAAGCUUGGUUGGAAGGAUCUCUCUCUCUUGAUUGCCUCCGCUUGGCAACCCUCUCAUUGAUUGAUAUUUGAAUUUGGGUGAGGGAGCAAAGCAUCUCCCCCUAUCAUUGCAACCACUGCUAUCAGUUUCAUUUUUUUAUUUUUAUUAAUUGUUUUAUUGAUUCAGACUCAGCUCCUAUUAGAUGGGAUAUGGAUAUGGAUAUGGGUCAUGGGGAUUCGCGAAUGGGGACUGUAUCAUAAUAAUAAUGAUGAUAUAUGUUGUGGGAUACCAAACACGUUUGUGACCAGUGCAGUGGUGCUUGGUUCAGGUUCAAUAAACAAUGAUAGCGUAGUGGUAAGUAGAAUGAAUGAAUCAAUUCAGAAGGAAUGACGUCUCCUUCACGUCCCUGGUUCCGUGGACAAAUUGGGUGCACCAAAAUCAAAGGAUGGGGAAACACAACAGACUCUACUACUGCCUAAACACAAAGGAAAUUUAAUAUUUCUACUAGUCAAAUUCCUCAUCACUCCACACAGAGUUCACUUCUCAAUUUUCAUGUGGACCCAACUCUUUUCUUAUGUCUUCUCAUCUUUAAUGAAUUUUCUAUCGUACAAUCUUGUUUAAUCA